GUGCCAGGAAGAUUUUGCCAGGAGGCCAUAGUUCAAGGACUGGUCCUCUGAAUCAAAGACCAGCUCUGGGGACAGGAUGGAGGAGACAUAAGCCCAGGCUCCUCCUCUUCAGUCUGCACUGGGCUGGGAUGGGAGUCAGACCCCAAGGGACCAAAACAAAAAAUGCAAGACACCUGGAAGUCUAUAAUACUAGACUCAGCCUGGGUCUUAGAAGAGAUCUGGGGGAUCAGAGCUCUUACUGCCCCUGGGUCCUGGCCUGAGGCUGCCUCAGGAAGCCGGAAACUUAAGGGCAUGGCAAGUAGAACCCUGGCCCUGUGUGAGGUGAGGCUUGGUUGCCAGGUGACUGUCCUGGGGCAGCUGUCAGGAGCAAAGCCUCCAUUCACUCUGCUUACCCCUGGUACCACUCCUUCCCUGCCACCAUGUCGCGCCAACUCAACAUGGACACGGUGCGGCAAAACUUCUGGAAGGAGGAGUACCUGAGGGAGAAGAUGUUGCGCUGUGAAUGGCACCGCAAGUAUGGGUCGAUGGUGAAGGCCAAGCAGAAAGCUAAGGCUGCAGCCCGCCUACCCCUCAAACUGCCCACCCUGUACCCCCAAGCCCCACCCUUACCCCCACCUGCCCCCAAAGCAGCCCCUUCCAGGGCCCCCAGCCCCAUCCAGGAGGCUCCUAUUCAGUCAGAAAUGUGCCCAGUACCGCCUGCCAUCCGGGCCCUGCUGUAUGAAGGCAUCUCCCACGACUCUCAGGGGCGCUACCUCUACCUCAACACCCGAAAACUCGACUUGCCAGAGAAGCGCUACCUCUUCCCCAUCACCACCAACUUCACGUAUGGCUGGCAGCUGGGCCCCCCAGUGAAGCAAGAACUGGUCUCCUGCAAGAUGUGCCGCAUCGAUUCCUUCUUCCGCAAGAACGGCGCUUUUGCACUGCUGGACCCCCGCGACCUGGCCCUCUGA